AUGAAGACCACCAUCAUUAUCACCUCCCUGGCAACAAUCGCCCAACUUGUUGCUGCGAACGGAUCACUCAGGACAUGCACUGGUAACGAUUGUAGCACGAACUGUGCUAUUUCCACUGUCACGCCGCCUGCUAACGGGAGCGGUGGUUGCGUCGCGAUUCCCAACACCAAGAGCGUGCAAAGUGUCGCCAGAGACUCUGGUUUCAUCUUCACGGUCUACACUGACAGCAACUGCAACUCGGGAGCCACAGCUGUCAGAAGUGGCUGCGUCCGAGGAAACUGGGCUGCGUACUCAUAUGACAGGGGCUCCUAA